CAUUCCGAACAAGGCACGGAACAUUCACAGGAACACUUAGAAAUUUAAAGCUCCUGCUAACAGUAAGUUUUUUGUUUGUUUGUCAUUGUAUAGAAUAUUGGUCUGUGAACAGAACUCAUUCAGUGCUCAAAGGGGUGUGCAACAGUUUGCUCAUCCCUGCAGCCCUCAAAGAAAUAGGGUGGUUGUGAGAACUGAGUACUCCUCAGUCUCUGUACUUGUUUUAUUAUUUUUCUGUGUAUAUCCAUGUCACUGUGAGUGUAGUUUAUUUCUGACUUUUGAAUGUAUAUUUUUUUCAUGUAUAUUCUGCUUUUUAUUGAAUGUGAAUUUGAGAAAACCAUUCCUACCAUUAUCCAUUUUAACCCCUUAAGGACAGAGUCAAUUGUAAAAGUUCUGACGAAAACAUAACCUAAAAUGUAAGCUAUAUGUCUGUUCAACCAUAAUUACCACUUUUAUAUUAAGUGCACCCACACUUAUUAUAUAUCAUUUUGCUCAGGAUAAAUAGUGAAUUUAAUUUCACAUUAAAUAUUUAUAAAUGGAACACAAUUUAAUAUUAAUAUCAUUUUAAAAAAAUUGUGAAAAAUUAGGUACUUUUAUUUUCCAAGUUUGGUAUAUUAACUGUGAAUGGAAUGUCUUAAUACUGUUGGCUUGUCCUGCAAAAAACACGUAUUUGUAUGCUGUGAUGUCCCACAAGUACAACGAUGACCCCAUCUACAGGAAAGUUACAGGGUCACAUAAAGGACCUUUUUUCAGUUUUCACACAUUGAAAUUUGCCAGAUUGGUUUGCUGGGCUUAUGUUGCUUUUAAAACUGUAUGGCAGUCCAGGAAUGAAAAUCACCCCCAAUCAUGGUAUACUAUUUGUAAAAGUAGACAACCCAGGGUAAUCAAUAUGGGCCAUGUUCUGUCUUUUUUAGCAGCUGCUUGGUCACAAACUCAGGCCAAAGUUAGUGUUCCUAUUUGUUUUUUUGAAUUUUUCACAUACAAAUGUCCUUUAAUUGAUUAUAUCAUUGUCAUUAUAACUUUUACUGCUCUAAAAUACUCAUAUUUGUGUUCAGCGAUGUACAGGUUUUAUGGGAUUUUCAAAAGUUACAGGAUCAAACACAGAACUUGCAAAUUAAAUUCUCUGGACUUUCUGCCUAAGUUGACAGACAGAUCCCUCAAUAUGUAAUUAAUAAAAUCAAAAUAACAAAAUAUGUAAAAAUAAUACAUAAAUAUACAAGUAGAAUUAAAGGAAUAUGCUAUAUAUAUUAAUAUAAAAAUACACUUAGAAUGAAAUUUUAUAUAUUAAUAUCCAAAUACACCGAGAAUGAAAUUAUUUAUAUAUAGAUAUAUAAUUUAAUUCUCACUGUAUAUUUAAAUUGAUUGAAUGCAUCGGUGUGAGGAGAUGCUGACUGGCGCAGCGUGGCAUUUUGCUGCGCAAGUGCAAUAGCUUCCCAAUGCUUUCCUAUGGGAAUGCCUUUGGAUUGGCUUAGAUCAUCAAUGGACCGAUCCCGUCAUCUGAUCUCAGUCAUUGAGAUCACAUGACACUGGUGGGUGGGAUUUGCUGCACGGGGACUGAAUAGGUUGUCACGCAGUCCCCCUAUAAUCACUCUAGUGCAGGCAAAGGCAACCUUCGGCACCCCUGAUGUUUUGGACUACACCUCCCAUGAUGCCUUGCCAGCAUUAUGAGUGUAAGAGCAUUAUGGGGGAUGUAGUCCACAACAUCUGGGGUGCCAAAGGUUGCCUACCACUGCUCUGAAUAACCCUGGUAUGUAUGCAUGUAGCUGUAUUACUGUACUGAAGAUUGACAUUCCUAGUACGCACUCAAUGUCGCUCAGCUUCACAAUAAAAAUAAGGGAAUCCCAGCCUCUUUCAUAGGCCAAACUGAAAAUGAGAGAAGACUGGUUAAAUUCUAAAUAUUUAGUUGAUUGCAUGCUGAGCUAAAAAAUAUUCCUGUAUGAGUUAUUUCUUUGUAAGGAAAUACUUGAAAAUUAUAAUGGUUGUGAGAGCAGACAGUUUCUCAGUCUCUGUACUAGUUUUUUUUAUAUAUAUAUAUAUAUAUAUUCUACGCUCUAUGUCUGCAUGCAGUUGUAUUUCUGUUCUAAAGACUGACAAUUGUAGUGUGCAACCAAUGCCGCUGAGCUUUGUAACAAAAAUAAGUGAUUCCCAGCGUCUCUCAUAGGCCAAACUAAAAGCGAGGGAAGACUGUAUAAAAUUUGGAAUAUUUAGUUGAUUGUGUUCGGAGAUUUAAAAAAUAAAAAUACUUUUUUUUAAAUCAUAUUAACACACCAGUAAGGAUAUACUUGAAAAAAUAGCUCAGCGUGUAAAUAGAUAUCUGAGGCAGGAGUUAAAAACAACUUGGAAGAGUGUCAUAAAUUUGGCAAAAUGGACAAAAAUUACAACUUACGUAAAACGUCAUAGUGACUGAGAAGAUACUUUAUUUACUAAACACUUAGAAAUUCAAAUAAACUGAAACCGAAAUGCCAAAUUUUGGCAAACUUAGCAAAAAAAGUAACAAUAUCUGCAAUUGGUUUACAAUUACAAUUUGGUAUUUAAUGAGUAAACCCAUUAAAUGAUUAAUUAAUUGUAUUGUAUAUUCAUUGUUUUGUGUGUGAUGUAUAUGGCUGCUGGUAGCUGUACCUCCCGGAGUGCAAAGGGUUACAUGAGAUUAAAUAGUUCAAUAAGUGAGAUUAAAUAGUUCAAUAAUUGAGAUUAAAUAGGCCAAAUAACUUUCCUGCAGUUCUAAAGUGUUUCUGAGAAAAAGAAGGUAAGACUGCCCUCAAACUGCCAGCAAUAAUUACAGAAUGGGAAAUUCUCCAGAGAUGUCUGGAGGAGGGCUGCACUUUCCAAACAGAAAAAAAUUCAUAAACAAGAUAAAAUAACAUGGGUUCACUUCUAACACCCCCAGCCAUUUUCUUUAUAUAGUCCUAUAUAUAUAUAUACAUAUAUAUAGGACAUAGUCAUGAAUUAGAGGGGCAACGUUUUAAAAAUAAUAUCAGGAAAUAUUACUUUACUGAGAGGGUAGUGGAUGCAUGGAAUAGCCUUCCAGCUGAAGUGGUAGAGGUUAACACAGUAAAGGAGUAUAAGCAUGUGUUGGAUAGGUAUAAGGCUAUCCUAACUAUAAGAUAAGGCCAGGAACUAAUUAAAAGUAUUUUGAUAUAUUGGGCAGACUAGAUGGGCUGAAUGGUUCUUAUCUGCCGUCACAAUCUAUGUUUCUAUAUAGCUGCAAUGACAGUUUCCCUGAGUUAGAAGGAAGAGUCUCCCACUCCACAUUGUAACUGCUCCCCACAGACAUGGCAGGAGAUCCUGGAGGGUGAGGUGUGACCUCCCUUGAAGCUGUCUGUCACAGCCAGUGUGAGUGGGCUGGAAAAUCCCAGGAAUCCUAUUUGUCAGUAGCAGUGAGCGGACUAAGCAUUGAUUGGCCAGCUCCCACAACCCUCGCCUUCUGAGAACCAAUGGGGGCAACAUGGUAUCUCCCUGUAGGAAGAAUAUUCAGCAACUCAUUGACUGCUUAGAAAGCUAUAAAAACUUUCUUUGUGAGACUUUUGCACCAGACCUAUUUCUGCUUUUGUGCCAAAUAAGUUGUACUAUUAGUGUUUACCUGUGGCGCAGCCCUGCCCUUUUCUUUUGUUCUUCCUAACAGACUUGGCCAGCAGACUGCACCCCAGGUUAGCCACCUUCCUGCACCCAAAAGGUAGGAAACAUGAGGAUGGCUUAAAACGUGUACAUUUUGCAUCUGUGUCUGCGUAUCCGUAUGUGUCUGUGUCUGUAUAUGGUCUAUCUUUGUGUCUAUGAGUAUCGGUAUAAAUAAAAAAAAAGAGAGGAAUACUACACUUAUUACAAUCCUGGUGCAACCAGACCUGGGGUUGGCUACCCCUUCUGUGAUAAUUGAAAAAAAUUUUUGUUCAACUGUAUGAGCAUCUGUGUGUCAUUGUGAGCCCCUGUGUAUGUGUGUGUGUCUGUGUAUGUGUAUCAGUGUUUGUAUCUGUAUGAGUGUCAAUGUGUGUGUCUGUGUAUCUGCAUGUGUGUCAGUGUGUGCGUCUGUGUAUUAGUGUAUCUGAAUGUGUGUUUGUGUACCUGCAUGUGUGUCUUUGUAUUUGCAUGUCUGUUCCUGUGCAUCUGUAUGUGUCAGUGCUUGUAUCUGUAUGUAUGUCUGUGUGUGUAUCUGUGUGUCUAUAUCUGUGUCUAUGUAUCCAGAUGUGUGUCUUUGCAUUUAUAUGUGUGUGUAUGUGUAUCAGCGUGUGUGUGCGGCAAUGUAUAUGUAUAUGUGCAUUCAUCUCAGCAUUCAUACUCUAAUACUACACUCAAACACACCCCUACAUUCAAACAUCAACACUAUAUAUAGACACACCUCUACAUUCAAGGCUACACACAAUUAAAACCCUCCUUUCAAAUGGCAACAGUACAUAAAACACACAACAUUACACACAAAUACAUCCCUUCAUUCACACAAACAUACUUCAUACAAAAACAUUCUUACAAUCAAACACACAAACACUGCUAAAUGCUAAAAACAACCCUGCAAGGAUGGACAAAUGGUAGAUCCCUAGCUGGUAAAGUAUUGUGGGAGCUGUACUACCUUUUUUUCCAUCCGUGAGAUAAGGAGAGCUUUAAAAAAUUCUUGCACUUGGACCCUCUCUACUUUAGUUCUGCCACUAACCAGCGGAGGCAGCAACAGGUGCUGGACGGGACCAAUGUAACCUGUCACACUGUUCUUAAACUUACACUAGGAGGGCACCAGGGCACUCUUGGCACCACAAUCAUUACAGCAGUCUGUAGUAGUUAUGGUACUUGGAGAUUCCUUUAAGGAUUGAGGUUUGUUGAUGGAAUUGUAAGGUAAAAUUGUUUUUUUACUAUUCUAUUUUUAUUGUGCAUUUCUGUGAUCGCAGGUUUGUGUGUUUAUUGAGUCUGGAUUAAUCAAGGUGAGCAAACUACCCUUGCUAAUGUCUGGCAUCUUAACAUUCUUCUGCCACUUUUUAUCGCUCAUUUUGAUGUUUUGCUCCUUUUUAUAUGACAAUUUUACAAAUAGGAAAAGUGCCAGAACAAAAAAAAAAAAGCAUAAAAAUUACACUUUUUGUACCUAACCCCCUAUAUGUCUUGCAGGGUUCUUGCAGUGCCUCAAUGGCAAUAACACGCCAUAUUCAAGGCUGGACAUCACUGCAUCCCCUAAACUCAGAGCUUACGAAUAUUAGUGAUUCCAGAUGCGUGCAGCAGGAAAAAAUGGGAGGCAAGAUGACAGUAUCCCCCUGUGAAGGAACUGCAGAAGAGGUAAAAGACAAUACUAUAUCUCCUACUUAUAGUAGGUUGGUUAUAGUGUGAGGAAUCCACUGGUCCUGUCCUACCACUCAGAGUUAAACCAUUUUUAAUAUUACAAUGCAAAACAAGAGUCCCCUAGCAGCUCAUCAUUCCCUCUGUCAGCUUGGACCAAUGAGGAAGCCUUAGCCUGAGCAACAGUGAGUGCCUGUGAUUGGCUGAGAGUGUCAGCAAAACACUUUCAGCCUACCACAGUGCCAAUUGAUGAUAUGAAUUAGCAGAUCUCUUAUCUGCAGCUUUUUCAGAGUAUCGGCUCUACCACAAAAAACUGUGCCGGAGAAUACUUCAAGCAGAGUCUUCUCAUUGAGAAGCCUUUGUGGUAGAGCCGAGAGUGCACAUGCACACAUGAUUGUAGUUUUUCCUAAGCUUUAUAUUACAACUCAUUGAGUAGACAGCCACUAGAGGUGGAGUUAACCCUUCAGUGUAAUUAUUGCAGUUUAUCAAAAACUGCAAUAUUUACAAUUGCAGGGUUAAGGGACCUGGGACACUGCACCCAGACCACUUCAAUAAGAAUUACAUGCAUUACACCAAGGCUCGACAAAUCCCAGGCACCAGGUCGCCAUGAGGCCUAGGAAUUUUUUCUUGGCCCCUAGGAUAUAUGUGCCUGUUACCUCCGAGGCAGGCGGCAAGCUGGGGGAUUGUGGAGGCGGGCGGGCGGGCGGGUGGCUGGCUGCCCAUAUUGUUGCCAGACGGAGAGCAAGUGAUCUCCCUGAUAUGAAUAUAACAGGGUGACUCACUAAAGUGAGACUUUGAAGUGAAUUCAAAGUAAAUUUUCAAUUUACGGCCAAAGUUGCUAGACUGGAAGCAUAGGUGACUACUUUUAUCUUACAUUUUAAAUUCACUUUGAAUGCUCCCUUUAGUGAAUAACCCUGUAAGAUUUUAAAAAGACUCAGGUUUGUCAGGGUCAUCCUUUUACGCAUUUCUUUUUCUGUGGAUGAUCCAAAAGAGGGAAAAAUUAAAUGUGAAAAUGACAAUCAGAUUUUGCCUAUUAACAAUAUCUAUUUUCUGUGACAGGGAAAUUUUUGCAAUCUAGGUUUUGAUCCGAUAUCAGAGGUGUUACAAAUAGAAGCUCAUCCAGACAGAAAUUACAUGCCGGAAUCCUGCCAAGUCAGCUCUGGUAAGUCUGAUGCUGACCACCAGGGCAGCUGUUGUUAGGGUAACAUACCCUACUGUUGUAAAUCCCUCUGGAAUUUAUGAUCCUGAAAGUAGUGUAUACAAAGGAAUGCAGUUAACUAGUAAUGUUACUUGCAUGCCUUACUUUCUUGCCUACUUCCAAUCUAUCGGUAACAUUUUUAUUGUAUCAUCUUAUCAUUAUUAGGGUGCCCCCUCACUAUUAUCAGUCUGAGAGUAGUAGGGACUUGAGAAAACACCUUGCCGCCAUGGAGUGGUUGGAGGGAUCAGGGACAGUUAUGGGCUUUGGAGUCUGGGCGUCUCCUAGGCCCGAAUCUUUCUACAGGUUUAUCGGCAAAGCAGACUAGUCAUCUCCAAGGCCCAAUUAUUAUUGUCCUUCACCCUGCAGCACAUAGGAUGAAAUAAUGGAUCCCAUUUUAUUAAUAUUUUAUGACAAUGUAUAUUAAUAAAGAGAGCUGAUCAGGAUGUAUAGGGAGUUAGCAGUUGUUAAAGGAACACUAUAGAGUCAGGAAUAUAAACGUGUAUUCCUAUCCCAAUAGUGUUAAAAAUGCAGUUUAAAACAUACCUUUUUUCCAGCGUCUCAUGGGUCCGCCGGUGCUGACCCCACUCCCGAUCAGCCUCCUUGGCAGACAUCUUUAAAAUUGACAAUCUCAGCCAAUCACAAUGUUUUCCCAUAGGAAAGCAUUUGAUUGAUGAUCUCAGCCAAUUAAUUGGUUGAGAUCAUCAAUUCUGAUGAUCUCAGCCAAGGAGGUGGGGUGAGGGGCGGAGCCAAACACCACCCUGUCCAAUCGGUAUCUACUCAUAGAGAUGCAUUGAAUAAAUGCCUCUCUAUGGGGAAAGUUCAUAGAUUACACUAUACAUAUUCUAAAAUAUUUCAGAAUAAAUGUGAUGUUUUAUCCCAGUCUUUAGUUUCAUGUUAUUCAAAUAUUAAGGGUUACUCCCUAAUCUUUGUCUGCAUAGGACCAUUUUGGGGGGGGGGUUACGAGUUAGCCUUUUCUCUAGUUUUAGGUACAUCUAAAUGUACAAUUCAACCUAUGUGGUAAAUGGCAGUAGGCAGCAGCCUAGCUAUACAUAGUUUAUAGAAAAUAACAGGUUAAUAGCCCAUAGUGACAGAAUGACAGAGAACUGGCUGUAAUAUUAUAAGACAGACAGACAGAUAGACAGAAAGAUAGAUAGAUAGAUAUAUAGAUAGAUAGAUAGAUAGAUAGAUAGAGGAAUUGAACAAUGAGGUUAGUCCUCUCUGCUGGAUCAAAUAAAAUAGGAAUUUAAGAAAAGCUGAAAUUGAAAUAUGUGUCUGUAUAUUUUUUGAACCCCACCAUACCAAUGUAUCCCUAGCUGGGGGAUCAUAAGUAGAGAAGUAGAGAUUCAAGUAGAGAUUGUGAUAUCUUCCAUAGUGUUGAAGUAGAGUUAUUAAUAUAUGUGAGUUAUAGAAUAAUGAGUCUAAAUGUUACCUACCAACAACACUGGAAACAAGCUCUUGGUGUGCAUAUUAUAUUUAUAAGGUAUAUUCUAAGCUAAAACAACUUUAGCUUAAUGAAGCGGUUUAGGUAUAUUGAUUAUGCUCCUGCACUCUCACUACUCAGUUCUCUGCAAUUUUGGAGAUAAAACACUGUGUAUGCAGCCCUAGGAACACACCUAUUGCCUGAGACAUAUACAACACUUACUGUAAACAGAGUACUACGUUUUAAACUCCCUUUAUUGCAUAGCGUGUUUAAUUUAGAAUUUUGUAUCUCCUGCUGUGUUAAUAGCCUACAAGAACAUACAGGGGCAGCGGAUGUGCAUGGAUGAAAAAUUUGUUUUGUUUCGGUUACUACAUUUUUAGAUUUCGGUUUGCCUGAAAUGUGGAAAUUAUCAGUUUGGAACAAAAUGAAAUUUGGGUAAAAUUUAGUUUUCUUCCUAAAUUUGGAAAACCAUAAUUCCCUAAGGUGGUGCUGUAUAGCAGAUGGCUCCCUAAUUUGGUGUCCUUAAAACUGGUAAUAUAUAAGGGUACUCACAUACAUUUGUUCCAAAUUAGUUUGUUUUCGUUUUGUUUUUUUGCUAAAGAAUUCAGAAAUUUGGACGUUCUCAAUUUGACGAACUUGGACAAAGUCAGAUGAAAUUUGAUUUGCAACUAAACAAAUUGCCUGUGUCUAUCAGAAGCCUCCUGUGUGUGAUUUGAAGUUCAAUUAACAGUGCAGAAGAUAAGAACUUCUAAAGCAAACACACUAUGUUCUUAGAUCUGAUUGAAAAUGAAAACUUUUUUUUAUGCUCGCUGUGUGAGGCUAAGGCUACAUUAACAGAAAUGAAAAUGAUUUAACUUCUGAAUGAGAACUUAAGAGUGGGACCAUAGGGGCAUGAUAUCAGCUUAGAGGCUUUACUUUUUGUGUUGGUGUGUGCAGAGGCGUAACUAGAAACCACAGGGCCCCGGUGCGAAAAUAGUCCUGGCUCCCCAUGCAUCUUCACUUUAUUUGUAUAAUAUAACACAUACAGAUACAUACACAGACGCACAUGCUAAUACACAGACACACACACACAAUGACACAUAUUCUAAUAUACAGAAUGACACUUCUACAGAUACAAACAAUGACACAGAUACAGAUACACAGACACAGAUGCAGAUGCACAGGUACACAUACAGACAGAUACAUAUACAGACACUUGUGCAGAAAAUCAGAUACACAUACAGGCAUACAGAUACACAUACAGACAAACAAAUACAGACACACAUACUCAGAGAGACAUACAGACACAUGUGCAGAUGCACAUACAGAUAUAUAUGCAGACAAACAGAUACACAUACAGUCACACAGAACACACAGACACACAUGCGGAUACAGAGACACAUACAGACAGAUACACAUGUAGACACGCAUGCAGAUACACAGACACACUUAAUGACAAACAUUCAGAUACACAGAAUGACACGCAUACAGAUAAAAACAUUGACACACAUACAGAUACAUAGGGGCAUACAUUGACACACAUCCAAGCAGAUACACAUACAGACCCACAUGCAGACAAACAGAUACACACACACAGACACAGCUCUCACUCUGAUUCCCUCCUCUCCUUCACCAGCGCUAUCCUCCAACACGGUCUUGUGUAAACUUGGAGGAAGUGACAACUUCCUCCCAGUGCUCUGAUGUCAUCUCUGAUGUCAUCAGCGCUGACCGGGACCCAGGAAAUGUAUUGCCAUCGGGUGGCCCCAGUUUCCUUCCUAAGAGCACUCAGCUUGUGAAUGUUCCAUUUCAGGAAGCGUGGAGUGUUGCCGGGGAGGGGCGCCACUGAUUGGCUGAGAGCAGUGAGCUGACGCUCUCAGGCAAUCAGUGACACCCCAUUCACAAAACUAGCUUGAAAAAGGUACGUGUCUUUCCAAGCCAGUUUGGUGAAUGGGGUGUCACUGAUUGGCUGAGAGCGUCAGCUGACUACUCUCAGCUAAUCAGUGGCGCCCCUGCCUAGCAGCACUCCGCACUUCCUGAAUCUGAAAUUUCAGAAGUCAGAUGCCACCAGGUGGGGAGUGGACAUUGCAGCUGGAGGCAACUUUGGGAUUAAACUGUUUGAGUGCCUCUGAAGGCCUCCUUGCACCACAACUUAAUUUAGAUGAAGUUGUUUCAGCGCCUAGAGUGUCACUUUAAAACUCAUUUCCUAUGUUGUGGUAAAUAUCAGCUGUAAACUGUUUUUUGUUACCAACACCCAGUAAAUAUUUGUGACUACAAAAUACCAACUUUUAUGGUGUGAUUCCUUAGGUUUGGAAGCACAAUUUAGUUUAAUAUAUAUUGCUUUUCAAAAUACUUUAUUUGCACAGGAAGGUUGAUGUCCCUUCCUAAAACAUGUAUACUAUGUGUAUUAAAAUGUGAUUUAUAAUAUGAGGUACAUUUCUGUGUGGUAGUCUUGUGGGUCAAGGUUGUUACCUUAAAUUUUAAGGUUAACUUUUUUUUUCUGUGAAUUUUUUUGAAUGACACAUGCACUUUACUUAUAUAGACAACCAUUUCGCCAAAUGUUAACUAAACCGAUUGUAGCAACUUGUCUGUAAAACUUACAACAAUGAAAACAUUUUGCCACAUGUUCAGUCUCAUAUUUCUUUCCUGGACCUCAGCAGACCUCUCUGGAGCAUCAGUGAUCCCUCUGUGCACUUGCACCACAUUAUUAGAGACCUCCUCUUAGAAGAUCUCCACCUUUACCCCUUGCCUAAUGGCUAAUCUGCUGCUUCACAUUUCUCCUGUAGUCAUGAAGCCAGUGCUUGAUUUUUUUGGUGUGUGACUUAUUACCAAAGGCACUAUAAGCACAAUGUACUUCCUCCCACAGUCCUGUGUGCACACUGGUUGUAAGAUUAGCGUUUUCCAACUGUGAUACUCUCUCCAGAUAUUGCAACAAAAACAGUGAAUAUGAGAACACUGAGAAUUUAUUCAAAAAGAGAUCUCAACCUUAAAACCUGUAUGUAGCGGAGCUCUUAUAUCCUGACUGGAUUUCUCCGCUGCAAUUCCCUUUUAGCUGGAAGAGAGCCUUUCAGUGUUCAAGCCCCUUUCCCCAGACAUCAGCCAACACAUAAUGCUGGGGAGAAUAACAACUUUUAAUGAGUACAAUGUAGUCAUUUAUAUACAAACCCUGCAGCAUGGGGUCUCCAUUCACUGUAUAGCUGAUCCUGCCCUGGCACCUCUGUGCCUAGAAGAGGAUUGUGACAUCUGCUGCUUUAACUAAUUUUCUCCCGGACACAGAGAGACCAUUCUGGGAAAAUAGUGCCUGGAUCUAUGGGGAAUUGCCGAAACACCACAGGUAUAAAGUUUUGACUGGUCACUAUGAAAGUCCUGGUCGAUAUUAGUUCCUGACGGUGGGCGCAUUCUGCUGGUCAUUUAACGGGAGCACUGGUGGACUAAAACAGAGGGGCUCCCUCUGGCUCUCAGGUAGCAAUUGUUCCCAGUGAUAAACUGUAUCUCCCUCCCAAUUAGUGCUCUCCUAGCCCAUUAGAAAAGGGGUCAAAACAGCUAGGCAAUGUGACCGGGCAAGGCCAGUGAUUGUGGCUGAGCUAGAGUUCCAGAGGAAACAUAGUCAGGUACCGCUAAAGGUGUUAGAAUGCUACCCUGUAGCGGGUAGCAGGCAAGAUGGAGAGUAGCACUGGUUCGAAACACAUGGAGGGGAGGGGAAAUGAAGAGCCAAGGGAAUAUUAACUUAUUUGUGCAGAAUUUGCCAGGUAGGAGAAACAUAAUACCUUAGCCAUAUUAUAGUAGCUUUUUGAAAUAAACUCCAACUCUAAUCUAAGUACUAUUACAUGUCAAUUAGUCUCCCUACAGAGUGAAAGUUUUCUUCUAUGGAGAAAUCGACCUAGCCGUAUCACUAUCGUCAUUAUCAUCAUCUCUGUCCUGCUGCUGGUCUUGAUUUUAAGCCUGACGCUUGGAAUCCUUCUCUCCAGUGAGUGUCUAAGAGAGAGUAUUAUAUUUUACAGUUUAUUAACAUUGGACUACAAAGUUAAGCUAAGGUCACAAGACCUUAAUGCUAACAUCAGGCAAAACAACUCCAGAAAGCUUUAGGUUAGCUAAUGAUUAUGGUUUUACUGAUUUAUUGGUGAAGUCCAGAAUAACUGCAAGUGAACUUACUGUAGACAAGUCUAAUAUACCUUAUUAACAUAUUGAAAACACCUAUAUGACUGCAGAGCUUUUUACAAGAUUGUUCAGUUGAUAUGAAAAAAAAAAUAACCCACAAAUAAUGCUGAUGUACAUGGUUUCAUUGGGUAUAUUGUCUAUGGCUACUCAAUGUUUUUUCUUUGAACAGAAAGAAAAAUAGACGUGAGUGCUAUUUCCGUUUCCGUAGCAAAUUAUAGCAAUACUUCUGUACGAGAUACCAGCAUUUCAAGAUUUACAGAAAUAGUACUUUCCAGUAAGUGAUAUCCUAAAAUAAUGGUUUUCCUAUUACAUACUUUGCGUGCGGUUGAAGAACACUGUACAAUCAAAACGCUGCUUUGGAUAUGGAUCCAAUUACCACUAGCAGUAAUAAAAUAUGUAUACCCGUGGCUCCUAAAUGGAAAUGCAGAAUUAUAUGACAGUUUACAAUGAUUAUAUCAAGACACUCAUCCUUAACUUGUUUACCAGGUGCAAAGUCAACAAAUUAUACACAGUAGAGGAGUGGAAUGAAUUUUUAUUAUCGUUAACAGGUAUUACUCAAUCAGCAAACCAUUUGGAAUCCCAUUAAUUUAUAGAUGGUAACUAACCCCUUCCAAACGUUUUAACAUGCAUCUUAGCGAAAAUAAUAAAUACUGGAGAAUCUGCGGUCAAAUUUGUACAUUACUCCACGUCUUCUAUUCGUGUCCCAAAAUUAAAACUUGUUGGCUGAAAAUUCUCUAAUUAAUCAAUAUAUCAGAAUUCGAUGUAAUGUAAUCCCUGUGUCUUUGUUUCAUUAAGAAAAUUCCAUUUAAACUGCCUAGAUACAAACAAAUUAUACUAGGCCAUCUUCUCAUAUCAGCUAAUUCCAUCAUCUCUCGUCAUUGGAAGUCACCCACUGUACCAACUGAGGGUGAAGUGGGUUAUCUCUCGUUUUUGAAAAUAAAAGGUGUGAAUUGGCUUUUCAUAAUCCAUCUACUUUCACAUCUAUAUUGCAGCAUGAGUGGUCAAUGUGGGAAGAUGAUGUGAAACAUAAUUUCAGACUUUAACCAUUUUCCCACCAGACUGAAUAAAUAUUAUGCUUCCUGAUUUAUUUAUUUUUAGUACCAUGUUGUUAUUAAUUACUUGACACUUUAUUUUAUUUCUGUACAUAGUUUAUUUAUUUCAUUUACAAAUAUUUAUAAUAUUUAUGUGUAUUUUAUUUGAUUGCUUGCUUAGUAUUGACAAUGGUUUAUAAAUCAUUAUAUAUAUGCCAAUGUUGUAAGAUAUAUUAUAUUAUUUUAAAACCUUAAUAAAAAAUAUUUGAUGCAAAGUCAAGAAUUUCUAGUAAAUUUAGUUUUUACCCUUUGAUUUUCAAAGAUUGUGGUGGCUACCUGAAUGACUCUCAAGGAUCAUUUAGUUCUCCAAAUUAUCCCCAUCUGUAUCCACCCAACUCUCACUGCACUUGGGUGCUGGAGGCCCAGGAAGGUCACGUGAUUCAAAUGAAGAUAGUGGUUUUAGAUAUAGAGGGAUAUGGCAGCUGCCUCAUUGAUUGGUUGGAACUAACAGAUGGGAAUACUACAAGCAGGUAACACGUUAAAAAAGAUACUAACAUGGCUAAAGAUACAAGAUGUGUGUCAUAGUUCACUAAAACAACUGCAGGCUACUAUCGAUUUUGAAGGAACUAGCAGGGUGUCAAUCAGUUCAUUUUUUAUUGCUUAUUUUUUGUGUUUAUUGUUAACCUUUUUACUAAUGUAUUGUCUCCAAAAUCCAUGGCAGGUUAUGUGGCUCUGUUGCACCUACAACAUUUAUUUCUAUUUCCCACUGGCUACAACUCAAUUUUGUAUCUGAUAACAGUAUAAAUGCCCAGGGCUUCCUGGCUACAUAUCGGAUGAUUGAACCGAGCCAAGGUACAUUCCUUUCAGCUUGUGAUAAAAAUAAUUUGUUGAAUACACUUUAAUGCAGCAUAAAUAAUAAGUGAUCUUGUACAGGGAGCUGUUCGUGGGAUGAGUUUCUGUGUGAUGGACGCCGCUGUGUUCUGCUUCCUGCGCUGUGUGAUGGAAUACCAGACUGUGCAGACCGGAUGGAUGAAACCAACUGCAGCCAAAUACAGUGGGGUACCAUGGGGAGGGACAUGUAGGCUUAGGAGUUAAAUCAAAGAUAAGAAUAAGGAUUAUGUACUGCAAAAUAAUGCAUAUGAUGCUUGGCGAUUACCUACCUAUUUAUGGCAGAUCUGACUACCAGCAGGUCUCAGCCAAGCAUACGUAGGGAGGUGCGAUUGCCCAGAUGUAAUUUUGUUAUGGAUCGCUGAUUACAAGACUUGACUGUAUACAAGAGAAAAAAACUAGAUCCAAGCAAGUAUGUCUGUGAGUGUGGUCUGAUUUGUAGAGAAAAACAUAUUUCUUGUGUUCACAGAUUGUGGUGGUUCCCUAAACAGCCUACAAGGAUCAAUUUCUUCACCCAAUUACCCUGAGAAAUACCCUGGAAAGAUCUUAUGUCGGUGGCAUCUCAGUGUGCCAGAUGAGUUUGUCAUUCAACUCCAGUUCCAUGAUUUCAGCCUGGAGAUGGAAAGGGGCUGUACAUUUGACUAUGUGGAGAUUCAUGACAGUACUAGUCUUGGAACUGCAAGUAUGAUGGGCAGGUUAGCAAACCCAUUCUCAUAUACACAAGUGCUUAGUAUCUGGAGGUGAUACUGGAGAUCAUAAUCUUCACUUAUUUCCCAACAAAUGGGAUUCCAAACAAACUACUAGUUACCUGCUAACAUUAUUGCAAUUAGUGAAGUUUUUUGUCUCAUAACUGGCAUUGAGCGUGAUAUUGUUGAGGUUCUGAGACUCUAUACACACUUUCUGUAGGAUGCUUCAUCUCAUUUUAUAAUCUUCUUUUUUUCCCUAGGUUCUGUGGUUCUCACCUCCCUCCCAACCUCACUUCUUCUGGUCCACAUAUGUACAUAGUGUUUGUUUCAGAUGAAGAAGAAUCAGGCCUAGGAUUUUUUGCCACAUAUGAAGCCUUUAAUGCUACAGCAAGUAGGUUGUAAAGUUCUAAGGAACAGUAAUUGGUAUUGUACUGUGGGAUACAAGCUAAAAUAUGCAGAGAAGAGUGGAGGUUGGGUGAACUGCCCCUUGGGCAAUAAGCAUGCAGGAGUUAUGGGCUACAGACUCACAUCACCAUGCUUCUGCUAAAUUACUGUAAGGUGUGUGUUAAGUAAACUAUUUGCAAGGUACUGUAGGAGGGCAGGAACAGGACAAGUCAGAAUUACCAGAUCAGAAUUGUAUGUGUUAAUGUGCAAAGUUUUGAGUUAAGGCUGCUGGCACGCAACCUCCAUAUUUUUUUUUAAAGAUAUUGGAAGGGGUAUGACAGUGAAUUGGAUUGGUUGAAAACAGGAUAAUUAGUUUGUGCUUACCAGUAUAUCUGCUGUAGAUCAGAAAUACUAGAUAGAGUAUUUGCCCUCCAGUUUAUUUUUUUAACUAAUGUUAUAAUGGUGUACAUUUCUGUUCAAAUUGACAUCUAUGCCUUAGCAAGAUAGAUUCAGAAGAUAGUUGCAGUGGUUGUAGUUGGACAGGGAAGAAGAUUUUUUUGAACACACAUAUAACACAUCCGUUUUACUUAAAUUUUAGAUUUAUUGUUUUUUUUGUUUUUUACCGACUUUUGCUUUUUUUUUUUAUUAAUAGUCUAUUGAUUUAAGAAGGGCUCUAUGGUUUAAAAGCAAUGACAAACACAUAAUAUUUUCCUAAACAAUGUAUGGAGAGAUUAUUGUUAAUGAUUAGCUUGUCAAUAAAAAUUAAUGAAUAUUGGAAACAAGCUCCAAAAAAGAAAAACCCACUAAAAGUUUGGAAAACAAUCUAAAGUGUGUACUGACCACCCUUUAGAUAAGCCCGUGGAGGGUCCACCAGAAGCAAAUAUGACUGAUAAGGGUAGUGAGAUAGAAUUGGAAAACAGGAACAAUAAAGAAACCCCCAGAUUGUGAAGCAGAGGGUACAAGUAAUACUAUACCGUACGGUGCGUAAAUUGAGUGACCAUGAUUACAUGAACAACUGACCACUUCCAAUACAUUUAGGGUAAUAACAAUUAUUAUUUGUCCAAAAUAAUCAUAUAAAACCACAGAACAAUUUAAUGUAAUUAGUCUCUGACACAAAAUCUAGCCAGGCUAAUUUUGGUAUACCUCCUAUGACAAUUUAUUUAUUUGUUUAUUGCAUCUACAAGUUGUUGCAACUUUUUGAUUUUUACUACUUUGCCAUUAGAGAUGUUUUAUAUCACUUUACUUUUUCCUAGUUCAAUGUGACAACACAGAGUUGAGAUGUGAUGGCGGUCAGUGUUUGUCUUUGCAAUUGGUCUGCGAUGGGUGGAUUGACUGUCCAGAUGGGAAAGAUGAGCUGGAUUGUCCGGAUAGAGAGGACACAGAGCCAGGUUUGGUUGCUGACACACAGAGAUGUGAUGUAACAAUAUUUCUCUGACAUAAAUCUAAUAUACUUCUAGUUUUGUAUUUGACCUUCAAAUGUUUCAACACUGAUUAGGAAUGAGUUUGAUUUUGUUAUUCACUAUUCCAGUGACACCAUGCCAGCCCCUUCGGGUUCCUCUUUGUAAGGGUUUGUCUUACACCCUCACUGUGUUUCCCAAUCUUUGGAUGUCACUUCACGAGCAACCGGCAGCAAGUGAACUGCUCAAAGGAUACAAGGUAUGAAGUGUACCCACUACAUUGAAUAAUGUAUUCUUUUAGUGGUUGAUACAAUAAAUGUGACCAUCAGCAUUGUAAGGUACAAGCGCUAAUUAUGUAUUUAGUACUGAACAGUGUGAGUACAUGAGAGAUAGUAAGCACUGAAGAUUGUUAAAGGGACACUAUAGGCAUCAUUAUCAAUUCAUCUCAUUGAAGGGUUUAUGGUGCCUGGAGGUUAACAUUUUUGACUGGUUUAUCACUAAAUGAGGGUGCUUGUAGCCCUUCCCUGCUCUGCUGCUCAGGCUAAUCCAUAUUAGUCUGAGCAAUGAUGGUCAGCAGUGAUUGCCUGACAGUAUCAGCUGAGUGCUCAUAGCCUAUCACAGUUGGCCAUCCUUGGUUUGGCAGAGGCAGAGUGUAACCCUGCUUUAGUGUAAUUCCACCUUGGCCAUAUCUUCAUUUGAGGACCCAGCUGUGGUUGUUAAAGGGAUACUAUAGUCACCAAAACAGCUUUAGCUUAAUGAAGCAGUUUUGGUGCAUAGAUAAUGCCCCUGCAGUCUAACUGCUCAAUUUUCUGCCAUUUAGGAGUUAAAUCACUUUGUUUAUACAUCCCUAAUCAUACGUUCCAGCCACGUGACUUACACAGCCUUCCUAUACACUUCCUGCAGAGAGUCAUCUAAUGUUUAUACUUCCUUUAUUGCAAAUUCUGUUUAUUUUAUUAUUUCCUGUCUCCUGCCCUUUUAAUAGCUUGCUAGACCUUGCACAAGCCUAAUGUGUGUGAUUAAAGUUCAAUUUACAGAGCAGGAGAUAAAAACUUUUAAAGUAAGUAACAUGAUUGAAACGGAAAGUAUUUUUUUUCAUGCAGUCUGUGUCAGUCACGGCCAGGGGAAAUGUGACUAGGGUCGCAUGGACAGACACAAAAGUAAUGUAACUCCUAAAUGGCAGAGAAAUGAGCAGUAAGACUGCGGAGGCAUGAUAUAUUCAUCCAAGAAGGUUUAUUAAAAGAACACUAUAGGGUCAGGAACACAAACAUUUAUUCCCGACCGUAUAGUGUUAAAAGCACAUGUAGGGCCCCUGGCCUCCCCUUAAAUAAGUUAAAAAAAAAACUUUUUUCCAGCGGUAUGCAGGUCCACUUGAGCUGACCCUGCACCUGAUCCACCUCCAUGGCUGACAUCAUAGGAAAGCAUUGGAUUGGCUGAGAUGAUCAAUUCUGAUGAUUUUAUUCAAGGAGGCGGGGCGGGGACUGGGUCCAAAUGCCAUCCUAACCAAUCAGCAUCUCUAUGGGGAUAGUUCAGUGUCUCCAUACAUGCAUUCAGAGCAUGGACGCUGAACGGCAGUGCCAAGGAAGGACCGUGUAGUGGCUGUCAGAGGAGUGGCCACUAGAGGUAUUCCUAGGCACUACAGUAAACUCUGCCUUUUUUCUGAAAAGGCAGUGUUUACAUUGCAUGCCUAUAGGGACUGACUUUACUCACCAGAACAACUACAAUAAGGUGUAGUUGUUCUAGUGACUAUAGUGUCCCGUUAAACUUUUAGUUUUUGAAUGGUUUAACACCAAACCAUGGAAUGGCAGUAGGGUUAUGGUGCUUAGUGUCCCUUUAAUGCAAGCUGGUUUAAAUGGAUAUUAUAGGCACCCACACCACUUCAUCUCAAUGAAGUGUUUUGAUUGCCAUGUCCCUGUCUGUUUGACUCUAGUAUUGGCAAGGUUUACAUUGCGAGGUUAACAUGCCUCUAGGGGCUAACAUGCCACUAGAGGCAUUUCUGCCAAAGAGUCAAACAGAUAGUUUUAUAGAGGAUAGUCUUCUACUGUUUCCCUGCGAUGGUGAUCUCAGCCAUAAUGAUCUCAAGAGGUGGAACGCAAUCAUGGAGACUGCUAUGGCAAGGGAUGAAAAGUAAGUAAUACUCACCUUUUAAUGGGGUGAGAGGAUGGACCUAAAUAUGUGUCAGGACACUAUACCGUUAGACAUACAUAUUUUUCCUAACACUACAGUGUUCCUUUAAAAUCCAAAAAUAACAUAUUAUUUGCAUAUACACUGAUCAGCUACAACAUUAAUACCACCUGCCUAUCAUGUAGGUCCUCGUGCUGCCAAAACAGAAUUGAUGCAUUGAGGCAUGGACUCCACACAACACCUCUGAAUGUGUCCUGUGGUAACUGACACCAAAACAUAAGCAACAGAUCUCUUUAGGUCCUGCAAUUUGCGAGGUGGGGCCUCCGUGUAUCAAAUUUGUUGUUCCAGCACAUCCCACAGAUGCUCAAUUGAAUUGAGAUCUGCGGAGUUUUGAGGCAAAGGCAAAAUUUUGUACUCUUUGUCAUAUUACUCAAACCAUUCCUGAAUAAUUUGUGCAGUGUGGCAGGGUGGCAACACACACACACCUGGCCAUCCACCUAACCUAAAAGAAAACAUGAUUCAUCAGUCCAGUUAACCUUCUUAACCUAGUUCUGAUGCUCACAACUCCAUUAAAGGUGCUUCCAGUGGUAGACUGGUUUAAUCAUGGGCACUCUGACCUCUCUGCACCUAUGCAGCCCCCAUACACAGCAAAUUGUGAUGCACUGUGUGUUUUGACAUCUUUCUAUUAUGGCCAGCAUUACGUUUUUUCAGCAAUUUGAGCCUUCACUCCCCAUGUGCAUCAAUUAGCCUUGGGCGCCUAUGUCCCUGAUGUUGAUUCACCAGUUGUCCUUCCUUGCACCACUUUUUUCAGGUACUAAUCACCCAAUACUUUGAGCACCCCAGAAGACUUGCUGUUUUGGAGAUGCUCUGACCCAGUCUUCUAGCCAUCACUAUUUGGCCCUUAUCAAAUCACUCAGAUCUUUUCGCGUGCCCAUUUUUACUACUCCCAACACAUGAAAUUCAAGAACUGACUGUUCACUUGCUGCCUAGUAUAUUCCACCUCUUAAUAGAUGCCAUUGUAGUGAUAUAAUCAGUUAUUCAAUUCACCUGUCAGUGGUUUUAAUAUUGUGGCUGAUCAGUAUAUAGUAAGUUUCCCAAGUAUCCCCACUGCAUUUGUGCACUGCUUGCAUGAAUAUACUUGUUAAUGUAAAGAAAAUAUUUAUGAGAUAGCUAUGUUAGUUAAGGUAUUUUUAUACUACUAAGACUUGUUCUAAUCAUUAAUCUCAUGUAACUCGGUAAAAGAAUUUGAAUAGAUGAUGUAAUUCUUUUUAUACUGACAGACACUCCAGGAGCUUCCGUGUUUUCCAGCUCUGCGUCCAUUGCUGUGUGCGCUACUGGUUCCUAGUUGCUCUCCCAGUGGGGGUUCUUUGCAGCCAUGCCGAUCAGUUUGCCUAAAUGCGGAGCACCACUGUCAGGACCAGAUACAUCAACUGGGAUUACCCUGGUCUUUUAGCUGUGAUCUAUACCCUACCCAAAUGCAGCAGCCAGAUUGUGUUAUCCCCUGAGAUAAUCUUUCCUCUUUAAGUUUAACUUCCAGAGGUCACUGUGUAAAAACACCUCUGCAAAAUGUUAAUAAUGUAAGAAACUG